AUGAACUUUGAGCCCGGGCCAUCACACCACCCCGACUACAUUCUCAGAGAUCCGAACGAUCCUCCAGCCUACGAUGAACAUGGACCUGCAUUACCUGAGGGCAUCCAGCAGAUUGCGGAUGCCAUCCGAGAACAAAAUAACCAUGAUCUUCCCAUUUUGGAGUUCCCGUUAAUUCGUAACACAUUGCGCUCCGCAAUUCUACAGCAAGAUAUUGUAGACAGCUUUUUCAAUGCCAUCCGAACCAAAAAAGACGAGGUGGUCGCGGCUUUAAUCGAAAACAAUAUCGUCACCCCCGAAACGACCGACAAGGAUGGCCGAACUCCUCUCUUGGCGGCCAUCGAAGCCGGCAAUAUCCGCACUGUACAGGAACUCAUGGACUUUGACGCCAAUAUCAAUGCGUACGGAGUUGUCGGAGAGACUUCCGAAUGGACGCGAAAGAAGGGGUAUACGAAGAUUUAUCGCACCCCGCUUCAGCUAGCCGCAGCACAAGGAAACCUCACGAUUGUCAAAUUGCUCAUGGAAACUUACAAUGCCGAUGAUUCGAUGAUAGCGCCCGAUGGAGAACUUGCACUUCGCCUUGCUGCAAAGAACAAUCACCGUGAGGUUGUGAACUACUUGCCAACGAGAAGAGGGGGUGGUUGGCGGAGAUGGAAAGCCAAGCACCAUAAGGCAAUGAAGAGGACAAAAAAGGCAGCAAAAAGCAUCUAUCAGUUCUUCCGUUUUUGCCUUUGGUCAGUACCAAGAUUCUUUCUGUGGUCGGUACCGAAACAUCUCAUCAUCUUGCCUCUAGUGCUUGGUUCGCGCUGGCUAUGGAAACACGGCUCUGAGCUUCCCGGAAUAGUUUGGAGAUGGCUGAAUAAAAUACCUCAAAUGAUAUGGGAUGUUCUGAAAGAGGUACCAAAGUUUUUGAAAGAAUGCACUAUGGAGCUUGCACAAAUGCUCUGGCAUCUUAUCAAGGCUACCCCAAAAGCCAUCGGGGGAAUGGUUGUUUGGUUGUGGCAGGGGAUCAAGAGUAUGGGAACUGCAAUCGGUUCCACCGUCGGCCGACUCUUCUCAUUCAUCCACACUUUACUCUUCGCCAUUGUCAACCUCUUCCGUGGCCUUACUCUACAAGACGUUUGGAAUGGUUUCAUGGCUCUUCUCCGCGCCGUUUUUGUUGACGGACUAAAGAAGCUCUGGAAAUGGUUAUGCACGUUUGGGGAGGUUACGAAAGACAUCCUGGAAAAGAUGUUUGGGUGCAUAGGGUUUCUCGUGUGGUUGAUCAUUCGAGGUUUGAUCGAGCUUAUCAUCUAUGUCCCGAAGAAGAUGCUGGAAAUAUUUGCCAGUAUGGGUAGCUCGAUUGCUGGAGGAUUUAGCGAGGUUCUGAUCUGGAUCAACCCGAAGAGAAACUGA